AUGGCGAACCUUGCAGACUACCCGGAUAUCGGAGACAUCAUGCACGAGAAGUACCAGGUUAUCCGGAGAAUCGGCGCAGGUUCAUUCGGUGCCAUUUAUGAAGUUCAGCACGUUGAAACAGGUAAAAUUUAUGCAGUUAAGCUUGAACGCUUCAAUACUUCACCACAGCUUCAAAUGGAACACAAACUUUACACAUUACUUGAUGGUGCUAUUGCUAUAUCCCGUGUUUAUGACUUCUGGGUUGAUGAAAAAUGGCGCGCAAUGAUUAUGGAUCGUCUUGGGUGUUCUCUUGGUUAUUAUUUCCGCAAGUGUGGCAAAAUACUUUCAUUAAAGACAACUUUGAUGGUUGCAAUUCAAAUGAUUUCUCGUUUAGAAUAUCUUCAUGAAAGAUGCCUUAUCCAUCGUGAUAUCAAACCAGAAAAUUUCGUAUUUGGUGUUGGCAAAAACUCAAAUCUUUUAUAUAUCAUCGAUCUUGGCUUAGCCAAAAACUAUCGUGGAUUUAAGAACUAUCAGCACAUCAACUACGCAGAAGACAGAGGUCUUGCAGGCACAGCAAGGUACGUCUCAAUUAACGUCCACCUUGGUGUCGAGCAAUCUCGUCGUGAUGACCUUGAAUCCGUUGGAUAUGUUUUAAUUUCUCUUGUCAAGGGCCGUCUUCCAUGGCAGGAAAUCGAAGCCGGCUCAAAGGGAGACCAGAACGAUAACAUAUCCCACGCCAAAAUGAACACUCCCGUUGAAACUUUAUGCGAAGGUCUUCCGAACCAAUUCCAGACAUAUAUGCAGCGCGUGAGAGAUUUCAGAUUCGAUGAGAGACCGCAGUACUCAUAUCUUCGUGGCCUCUUCUAUCAAUUACUUUCUACGCUUAAUUACGCUUACGAUGAUAAAUACGACUGGAUUGUUGCUAGAGCCAAUCGUCUCGAUGCAGCUCUCCGUGCUAAUGGCACUGCUUCUGAUGUUGUCAUUCCUGUUUCUGUUCUCGGCUUGAAAGGCGCAAUGCGACCAAGUCCGAAAGAUACAGGCUUCCACCAGCCACUUCCUUUCUUCGCCAUUAUCCACCAGGCAGCUCUGUUCGUCGGAAAGAGCAAGAAGAAGGGAACGGAAGAGGAGGAAGUCCCGAAGAAAUCUUUCGUAGAAGAACAGACACUUUUCUUGCUCAAUCCUGACCACAACAAGAUCCGCCAGGGUUCUGUUUCACUCGAAUUCCAUCCUGUAGAGACAAAUGUUAAGAAGGAGGAACCUGCACCUGCUGCAUAA